AUGAGCGCAUCAGAACCCAGGUCUGGGGCGGUUGCAGAGAUUGAGCCUGCGCAAUCUAAAGCAGACACGGAGAUAAACGGUACGCACCACAGGACCAACGCUCAACCGGAGCGAUAUGAAUCUCCCAAGCCGACCGCCGAAGCACGAGCUCGCUGGGCCAUGCUUGCGUCUCUCGUCUCUCGGGAGGAAGAGCCAGAUCAGAGGGAGCCAGCACCGUCCUCUGCCCAAGAACGCGAGUCAAUAAUCAAGAGAGCCUGGUCAGAAAGAAGUGAGAGCGAGAUUGAGCAUAACCAAAGAACUGGACAUAUCAAAAUGCCCAAUCAUGAAGACUACCUCAACUCGGAUGAAGAAAACCUACCUCUUUUGUCAACCUCCACGACGGAAGCAGCAAAACGCAACAAGGACUCUAGGCUCUCUGAUAUCUUCCAUAGUGUUUCGGAUCACCAGAAGCUUGAAAACAAACAGGAUAGAGAGUAUGAAGAACGGACUCUCAAGAUACUUGAAGAAGCAGACAGAGCGUUGCAAGGUGAUGACUUAUCUCUCUCUCACCAUAGACGACGAUCACUCUCAUCACAGAACGAUAGCUCUCAACGUCACGAAUCUGCUUCAGUAGAGGAGCAUCAUUGGCUUUCGGAAAAAGCGGAGAAACAGUCAGCCGGCGCCUCGAAAAAUGAUGCCCGAAUUCCUUCUAGUAUAGCGAGAUUAGACCGUGAUAUGAAUCAGGCAUCAGGGACUAUUCAUCAAGGAAUAAGAGCCUUGGCUGGAGAAGUCACCAGUGACCAUGCUGGAGAGAGACUUGAUCAUGUCGAACAGGAAGCGAAACAAGCUUUUAUCAGAGGCAAGGAAGAUAUUGAGAAUGUAACGAAACUUGCGCAGGCUUCAUCAAACAUCAAUCAGGAAGAAGAAACUUUAAUCAACACUCUAGAGAGCGACGUCAAACGCUUUGGGCAAGGCUUUCAAGCGGCAGAAAGGGCCGUAGAAGAAGAUCUCGAUCAAUCUCUCAGAAAGGUUGAAGGCAGUCUGGGAGAAGUCGCUGGUCAAAAGACCCACCAUGGUCUCAAAGAAGCUGAGACUGCGGUUAAAAUGGGGGCUGCGAUGGUAGGAGGGCGAGCCAAGGCCAUUGCUGGCUCGGUGGAAGAAGCCGUGUCUUUGAAAGGUAAUACCUCGAGAGAUUCGUUUCGAGGUGGAGAAAACACUGUCGACAGGAUAAUCAAAGAUAUAGGCCAUACCAAUGUCGUGCAGAAAGCCGAAGCAAGCACAAAAAGCCUAGAGAAUCACGUUGGCGAAGCCGAGCAGUCAAUCGCCAUGAGGAUUCAAAGGCAAGUAGGGGGUUUCAAGCUCAAGGCUGACUUCAAAAUGGCCGAGGAAGCGGUAGAAGGGAUUGACGGCGCUGCGAAGAAGGCUUCGCUGAAGGUCGAGAACGGAGUUGCGAGAAGCGAUCUCGCGACGGAAUCCAAAGCAAACAAGGACGCUGAACCUUUGCGGCAGACGCACACACCUUUCAGCUCGCAUCCUCAGAGCGGGCACUUGGGAAGCGUCAAUGGCAGGCCUGCUAUUUCAGGUAUGCAAAGACAGGCGCCGAACAGCCUUCCAUCAACGGAAGGCAAGCAGCAGCCUCAACAUCAUCAGCAGGAAUCCCAAAUUCCCGCCGGGACUGCACGACACAAUGUCCCACAUCAAGGUGGUAUGGUGCACCAAGCGCGAAAGCAGCCGCAGCCGGCUUCAAGAACACCACAGAUGGCCCAAAAAAAUGCUAAAGCAGCACCUCCCCAGCUUAUGCAGCCAAAGGCGAAUGUUACACGGCCUCCUAGCCAGCACCAAGGCAAUAUGGAUCACUCACAGCAGAAGCAGCCUCAUCUUGUGGGUGUACCACACAGCAGUCAACAACAGAGGAAGCUGGCUCAGCCGCAGCAGAUGCGACCGCCUGUCAUCGGGGGACCAAGCAAUACCCAGCACCAGAACCACGUCGCUCAAUUAUCACCGCAAAAAGCCCCUAGUAACAGUCAUUCGGAUCAAAGAGUAAACCCAGCACGUCCAGCUAACCAGAGCUAUCCAGAGCAAAACAAUAUUCACAGACCGAACGGUCUCAAUGCGGGACAAGGGCUUAUAGGCAAGGACUCUGGGCUAAAUCACAAACCAGUCGUAAAUGCGCCCUUAAGACAACACCAACCCGAGCAUAGGCUCUUUAGGCCUUCGCUCGACCAUGAAAGAGUAUUAAAACAAUCGGAUAGCCAUGUUCCGUUAGUUCAAUCGGCAGCUGUGAUAUACCCGACCCACCAACAGAUUACCAAGGGACGAGAGCUAGAACAGCUGAAAGCCUCGCACGGAAAGCCACCACCCACCGUGAAUGAGAGUAGAAUUGACGGAGGCUUCGUCUCCGAGACUGGAACAAGGGCCCAGGAGAGCAAGUCCCGACAACAAGCGACAGUAGGAGCUCAGGCAUUUCGACGAAAGCAGUCAGACCCGCAAGCUGCGCUGAAUCCAAUCUCCUGUCCCGGACAAGAUGCUCAGCAAACGUCCGAGUUGCAUUUGCCGCAUGCGGAAAAGUGCAAUGGUCCACUCAGGCAGGUGCAACCGUUCGAGAACAUGAAGCAGCAGCUUGCCACACAGUCAGAAGGAUCGAUCGAUCGAUCGAAUUCCGAGACAGAAUCUUCCAACAUGACGGAAGAGCUCAUGAACGACGUAGAAACGAAUGGGGAACCAGCGAGCGGGCAUUCCGCAAACCCUAAGACACAGCUCGAAGGAUAUCUCGAAGCAAUGAAGCAGCAGACCCAAGCAUACGUUGGUACAUCGGAUGGAAGUCCUGGCUUUCUGGAACAGAUGCUACAGCUACUAUUCAGAAUGGCUGAGGAUUCGUUGCCCGAGAUCCAGCGCCGCUUGGACCAGAAUGGGCAACAUUGUGGCCCCGGGCAGCCACUACCCGAUCACCCUUGA